CGAGACGCACAGAGCGCCAGGCCGGAAAGCGACGCAGGCGCCACAGACCACACCGCCACCUGUACCCGCCGGUCGAUUCGUCGAGCUGCCCCGCCGGCCCCCGCCCCUCCUCGCCGCUCCGCACCGGCGCCGAUGACGACGGCGACGGCGACGGCCGCGCCCCUCACCGGGAUGGACAAGUACGAGGAGGUGCGGGACAUCGGGUCGGGAAACUUCGGGGUGGCCCGGCUGAUGCGCCACCGCGAGAACGACGGGCUCGUCGCCGUCAAGCUCAUCGAGCGCGGCCACCGGAUUGACGAGAAUGUGUACCGGGAGAUCGUCAACCACCGCUCGCUUCGGCACCCCAACAUCAUCCAGUUCAUAGAGGUGAUCCUAACACCGACGCAUCUUGCAAUCGUGAUGGAGUAUGCGGCGGGUGGCGAGCUCUUUGAUCGGAUCGUCGAUCGUGGCCGGUUUAGCGAGGACGAGGCCAGAUAUUUCUUCCAGCAGCUGAUCUGCGGCGUAAGCUACUGCCAUCACAUGCAAAUAUGCCAUAGAGAUUUGAAGCUGGAGAAUGUUCUCCUGGAUGGUAGCCCGGCUCCCCGGCUCAAGAUAUGCGACUUUGGGUACUCCAAGUCGUCAGUACUACAUUCAAGGCCCAAAUCUGCAGUGGGGACGCCAGCAUACAUUGCACCGGAAGUUCUUCGUCGCCAGGAAUAUGAUGGGAAGAUGGCAGAUGUAUGGUCCUGUGGGGUGACUCUCUAUGUCAUGCUUGUGGGAGCCUACCCAUUUGAAGACCCGGAUGACCCCAAGAAUAUUAAGAAGAUCAUUCAGCGAAUAGCAGCAGUCGACUAUACCAUCCCAGACAAUAUUCUCAUAUCUGCUGAUUGCAGACAGCUCAUCUCUCUUAUCUUUGUGAGCAAUCCAACAAAGAGAAUCACAAUGAAGGAGAUAAAGAGCCACCCAUGGUUCUUGAAGAACUUGCCGCGGGAGCUCACAGAGGAAGCUCAAGCAGACUACUACGAGAGGAGCAGCAGCGUGCCUUCUUUCUCGAAGCAAACAACCCAAGAGAUCAUGGAGAUUGUGCAAGACGCAAGGAAGAAGCCGAGAUCAAGCACAUCAGGCUAUGGCUACGCGGACGAGUUAUCGGAUGAUGAGGAAAAGAAUGCGAAGGUCAGUGUACCAGAACAGAAUGACGAAGAAGAUGAGUGCGACAAGAAGGUUAGGGAGGUUCUUGAGAGCGGGGAGCUGGAUAUGAGCGCGUUGCACAUCUAAACGCUGCUUGUGAUGUGGGACCGGGAGGAUGUAGAUAAUUGGCUAUUUUGAUUUGCUUGGUUUUGGUAGGACGUAUGCUUUUCUGCUGCAGAGGUAAUCUGUUUAUGUUUUCCUGUAACGUGAUGUAAUGUGUAGUGUAAUAUUCGUUCAGAAGGAGAAUGUUUUGCACAGGGAAUCAAUUUGGUAUGUGCUUUUUUUGCUGGUACAGAGGUUUACAUCAAA